GCGCGCUGCGCGCGUUGCCUGCCCCGGUUUUGACGAUUUCAUUGUGCCGUUUCCAGAACACGUUAAGCGUAGCAGAAAACAUUCGUGCGGAUAUUGAUGAGCUGCGUGGUUUCAUUGACUGGUCACCGCUGUACGAGAGGCUAUUUGGGUCCAAGGACGACCUACUAGUUCGAUAUCGAAGAUCCCCAAGUCGCGACCGAUUUCUCCGUUCGAAAUCGACAUCGCACGGUGAAUUAAGGACCGGAAAGAGCCAUGCAGAUUGACAUCGUCUGCCUGCCUUGGGAUCCGGGAAUCGAAGGCGUCGGCUCUGACCAAGAGAAAGCACCUGCUACGCCAUCACGAGAUCCACAGCACACGGCUCAUACCCGUCAACACGUGGAGGCCGUCCACCGCACAGCUGCCUCCCAGCGCAUGACCCACCUCAGGCCCACGCUGCGGCACCUCACCUCCGGUCUCAGAGGAUUCCCGAUGUCCCGCGAUGUCCACUGUCCAUCACGCACCGAUGUGCGGAAACACGUCGCCUGUUCAAUCUGCUCUGCCAUCGAGCCACGACAGUGCAACGAUGGUAGCGUCUGUUCAAAAGCGUCUACCGAGUUUCCUACGAUAUCUACUACAGAGAAGUCCGGUGACAGUGCCUGAGGGUUCUGCAGGUGUACGUCGGUUCGGCAAGCGUGCCAAUGAUCCCUUAUACUCGCCACGCGUUUUCUUGGAACACACCAGCACUGGUUAGCGUUGGCUAACAUCGGAGAACGUGUUGGUUAUUGUUGGCUAAUUUGGUUUAAUGAUUGCUAAUUCUGGCUGACGACUAUAAAUAUUUCUAGUGGUACAUUUGUUUUCGUAAGUGCAAGUGUUCGGUAAUACUGGCCAGUGGGUAUCCGCUGUUAUCAAAUCUCACAUCAACGAUGCUCUCGCAUAUAACAUAGACAACAA